AUGGCACCGGCAAUUAUCAACUCUCCUCCCCGGAGUAAAGACAUGCAAACGGGCGCCACUUCAAUUCUCUCUUCCCGAAAGCCGGUCUUUGGCAAAGCUACCAGCGCCGAUGAUUUCGCCACAAUUCUGGCUCCCCUUUACAAAGAAAACAAUUUGGCUAAGAUCAUGAGUACGGCAGAAAGAUACUUGGUUCAGAAUGAUCCCCCCUCGUGCUUCCCGGAGACAGUACCCCAAACCGGCUCACAAAAGGGAAAAUACCAGUGCCGGGAUGCUGAAUUCUGGACAUGCGGCUUUUUUCCUGGGAAUUUAUACUGCGUCUUGGAAAGGCUUCGAAAAUAUCCUGGAUCAAGCGUGUCAAAAGCAUGCCAGAAAGGGGACGUUUCACGGAAUUUCCCACUCAGCCUGAUUGAGCACGUCACAGAUCUAUGCCAGAAGUGGUCUGCUCCUCUACACGCUAUGUCGAAACGAACGGACACUCAUGAUCUCGGAUUCAUCGUCCAGCCUGCCCUCCGACGAGAUUGGGAGCUGUUUGGCAACAAGGAAAGCCUGAUUUCGCUGCUCACUGCAGCAGAAAGUCUUUCCAGCCGAUACGAUGAGCGCGUUGGGGCGAUUCGCAGCUGGGACAGCUUCAAGAAUGCGCACCACAGCAUCACCAGCAUGGAAGAUGAUUUCCUGGUCAUUAUUGAUAGUCUUUGCAAUCUCGACCUUUUAUUCUACGCUGGGAAUUACAACAGAUCCCCUCGUCUGAUUGAAAUCGCAUCCAAACACGCCGAAACCCUCCUAUCUACGCACCUUCGAACCGAGUCCGUCGUACCCGGAAAAACAAUGUUUUCAACAUACCACGCCGCGAAUCUCUCUCCGAAGGAUAAUGGGAAAGUUAAGAGGAAGCUCACAGCGCAAGGCUAUGCCGACAAUUCAACAUGGGCACGCGGACAAGCAUGGGCGAUUCUGGGCUACGCUCAAACCUUUGCUUGGACAAGGGAUCCAAGGUUUCUGGAGGCUGCAUUGGGCCUCGCAGACUAUUUUAUCUACCGUUUGGAAUCAUCUCCAAACGUUGUCGAUGAGAAUGGUGUUGGGCGAUAUGUUCCUUUGUGGGACUUUGAUGCCCCAAUAACGCACACAAUUGUCGAAGGCUCCGAGGCUCCAUUGAGAGAUGUUUCUGCUGGAAUGAUUGCUGCAAAUGGAAUGGUAAUUCUCUACAGUCUACUCCAAGGAGCUGGGAGGUAUGAGCUGGCGAGGCGGUACUUGGAUUAUUCCAUUCUCAUUGCCAAGGACACGGCUGCUCUCUCGUAUAAUAAGUGUGAGAUGGGAAUAAGCUUUGACCAGGAAACACAGAAUAUACAGAUAAUUGCAAGAGAGAGUGUCGACGGAGAGUCGUUUGAUGGGAUCUUGGAGAGGUCGACGGCGAACUUUAACCAGGAUCAUGCAGAUCGCACUUGGGAUCAUGGAUUGGUCUACGCGGAUUACUAUUUUCUGGAGCUGGGCAAUAGAUUUCUAGACAUGGGUCUCGUUUGA